GGGAGCUGAGACCUGAAUCAAAUGGCAGUUAUGUGUGAAGAAGUCAAAGAAGAAAGGCGCGGAUUCAGUAACUCGGCCCAACUCUCAAAUCUCAGCUGCUAUGGCAGCCGUCACACCACUGCUUUUGCUCCUACUUCUCUCCAGCGCACCAUCGUUUUCAUCAGGGUCUCGAAAUGCGUACAACAUCAAUGGUAGAGUGAAGAUUCCCCAAGGUCUAGGCACAAAAGGGUAUGCUUUGCCCGGAAGAAUGUCCAACGUCAAAGUUUUACUCAAUGGUGGCCAAAACAUUACUUUUCUGAGACCUGAUGGAUACUUUUCAUUUCACAACAUACCAGCAGGGACUCAUUUGAUUGAAGUGUCUGCAAUCGGCUAUUUCUUUUCUCCGGUUAGAGUUGAUGUUAGUGCUAGAAACCCAGGCAAGGUGCAGGCAGCAUUGACAGAAAACAGGAAGGGUCUCAGUGAAUUGGUUUUAGAGCCGUUGAGAGAGGAACAAUAUUAUGAGAUUAGGGAACCUUUCUCCAUAAUGUCUCUUCUCAAAAGCCCAAUGGGUCUCAUGGUGGGGUUUAUGCUGGCUGUUGCAUUCUUAAUGCCCAAAUUAGUUGAAAACAUGGAUCCGGAGGAAAUGAGGCGAGCUCAAGAGGAAAUGAGAAGCCAAGGGGUUCCUUCUUUAUCAAGUUUGCUACCAGGAGGUGCGAGGAAUUAAGUAUUUUGAUCAUGAACUAUCAACUCUUUGGUAGAUUAAACUUGAAAGGGUGGCUUAAAAGCCAAGCUGGAUGGUAUAAUAUUCACUGCUUGGCUGCUGAAAUAUUUGGACGUUUAUAUCCUUUCUCCUCCUUGGGAGCAACCCUUUAUUUUUUUUUUUUUUUUUUUUUGAGUUGUAGAUCUAUCGCAUUCUAGUACUUUUUUAACUUGGUGUUGACAUCUAUUCAUUGCUGUCAAGCUCUAAUGUCUUGAAAAAAAAGUCAGUUCAUUUAGUUAUGGACACCAUGGUUUUUGUUUU